AAAGAAAGAUUAUCGGGUGAAGAAGACGGGCAACGUAAACACAAACAAUAAACCCAACGCGAAUGAACGAACGAACGAUCGAAUAUCGAAGUCCUUUCAACUCGACUCAUGCAUUGAAGUUGGAUCUCCGAUGGCAAUGCUCAUGAUUCCCUCCAAGGUCUCCAGUCAUGUCCGGUUCUUACUUAUGGAAUUCAACGAUUCCGACUAUCACUCUCUGGCCCAAGAGAUUUGUGAGUUCUUUGACUAUGGAGUAGAAACUAGCAUUUGCGUUCUCAAGACCUGCUUCACCUUUUGGAAAGAAGGCCACACAAAUAGAUUGCAAAUUGAGAAUGUAGUAUCCUUGGUUCUCAAACGUGUCUUGGAAAUGCCUUAUUUCGCGACACUGCUUUCUUGCGCACUCCAAGGUUUUGAGGUCACUCCAGAGUUCGUCACUGCAUUUCACUCUGAUGCAAGCACAAGUGAUUCCUUCAUGCAGAUUUUAUCCUGCCAUCAGUCUAGUGAUAAACUCCAAUUUGUUCCCAACCCUUUCCCUUCAGUGGGACUGCAUGAAGCUGACGUUUUCAGGAGCAUGGAUUUAAAUAGCCUUGAUGCUAUCUUAACUGAAACUGCGAAGGAGACUAGUGUGGGAGAUCUCAUAGAAGAAUUGGGUUAUGGAUUCACCUCUGAUGCCUCACUAUGCAAAGAGAUCUUGUCCCUUUUCUUGCCAUUAACAGAGGCUGCUAUCUCAAGAAUUCUUGUCGUUGUUGUUCGUACGUAUGCUGGUCUUAAAGAUAAUUACGACGCCUUUCUAACAUUCAGUUCGUCCCUUGGAUGUUGCACCCCAACCGAACUUCACACACCAAAGUCAUGGAAUGUUGACAUCCUUUUUGAGACAAUUAAACAGCUAGCUCCUGGCACAAUCUGGCCGACUGUAAUUGAAAAUCUGGAUCAUGAAGGAUUUGAUAUUCCUAACAUGGAGGCUUUCUUGUUUUUCAUGAUGGUUGUUAGAAAUAUCUGCAAGGACCCAUUUCCUCUUCAUGCCAUUUGUUCUUUUGUGUGGAAAAAUAUGGAGGGUCAGCUAUCUUUUCUUAAGCAUGCAGUAUUGGCACCGCCAGAAAUAUUCACCUUUGUCCACUCUACUAGGAAGCUGUUGCCUAUGGACAUCGAUGAGCAAUUAGCACUUUCCAAUCAUGCAUGGCGGUCUCUUGAUCUUUUAGAUGUGCUAUGCCAGUUGGCCGAGAGUGGGCAUGCUGUUUCAGUUCGUUCAUUGCUUCAGUAUCCACUGGUCCAUUGUCCUAGAACCUUGCUUCUUGGGAUGACUCAUAUUGAAACUGCUUGUAAUAUCAUUCAGCGUGAGGUGGUAUCUGAUUUACUUCCCCUGAUGAUAAAGAAUACCCAGGAUAUUGGUUUUGUCCUUAACCUCUGGCAGCUGAAUAGAGAAUUUGUUAUUUGGGGUCUUUUAGAUGCCCAAAAUCUCGGACCAGACAGCAUGCUCAGAAUAAUUGAUAUCUUCCAUGAGCUUAAGAUUCUCUCUUCUGUUAUAAACUCAGUUCCGCUGUCACUUGGCAUCAAAUUGGCAAUCCUUGCCUCACAGAGAGGGUUUCUAGAGAUUGAGAGUUGGUUGUCAAAAUGCAUUUUUCUGUACAAGGAUGUCCUUUUUGAGGAGUGCCUCAAGGUUAUCAAAGACAUUCAUUUUCAGAAAUCGAAGGAUAUUUUUUCCAAACAGUUCCGUUCCACUGAUCUUAUGUCAGAUCUUUGUUUGGAUGCAACAUCUUUCCUUUUGAAUGCUUUGAAACCGCAUACUAACGUAAUUACAUCACGUCAACUGUUUGAAGAAUUAGAAAAGGUCCAUGAAGCAGUUUUGAACAUAGGAACUUUUGUUGCUGCAGCGGAGAGAAAGGAUAAUCCAAUAGAGGCGCCACCUUCAGAAGUUCAGGACAAAAUCUAUUUCAUAAUGAAUAAUGUCUCAGCAGCAAACGUUGAAUCCAAAGGGAAAGAAUUCUCUGAAAUUUUGUCUAUUCAGUACUACCCUUGGUUUGCCCAGUAUAUGGUCAUAAAAAGAGUGAGUACCGAGCAACAGUUUCAUGACUUGUACUUGAAGUUCUUGGACAAAGUUAAUUCCCAGCAAUUAUACAAGGAGAUAGUCCAAGCUUCCUAUGAGAACUGCAAGGUUCUGUUAGGUUCAGCGCUCAUAAAGUCAGAUUCAGAAGAGCGGUCCUUGCUUAAAAACUUAGGCAGCUGGCUUGGGAAGGUGACCAUUGGAAGGAAUCGCGUUUUAAGGGCGUGUGAAAUAGAUCCAAAAUCACUGAUAAUUGAUGCAUAUGAAAAAGGGCUGCUUAUUGCUAUCCUUCCGUUCACUGCAAAGGUUUUGGAAUCAUGCCAAAGCAGUAUUGCAUAUCAACCUCCGAAUCCAUGGACUAUGCCUAUACUCGGGUUGCUGUCAGAGAUUUAUUCAAUGCCAAACCUUAAAAUGAACCUGAAGUUUGAGAUAGAGAUUUUUUUCAAGAACAUUGGGGUUAAUAUCAAAAGUGUAAAACCAACUUCCCUUCUGAAGAACCGGAACAGAGAAAUAGAUGGAAAUCCUGAUUUUAGGAACAAAGAUGUUGGUAUGGCCCAGGGAUCCCGACCACAGAUGAUCGAUGAGUUUAAAUCUGAAAAUAUUUCUCCGCAAAACCAUGUAGAGCUACCUACCAAUGCAGGCAUUCAUUAUGCAGGCGUUCAUUCAAAGUUAUUGCCACAGGCAACCAUGCUUUUUUCUGAAUGGUGUCAGAUCUGCAGUCACCCUGGUGAAAAUGAUGCAUCACGUACCCGCCAUGUCUUGCAUUUAUAUCAAAGUGGACUACUGAAGGGAGAUGAUAAAACUGAGAGCUUUUUCCGUAUUCUUACAGAAUAUUCUAUUGCUCAUUGCAUAUCAUCUCGGGAAACGAAUUCUGGUGCCCUGCAAUCUACUCAGGAAGUUCUGGAACCAUCAUUCAUUGCCAUCGAUAUCUAUGCCAAACUUGUGUUUUCUAUCUUGGAUUAUUUUCGUGAGCAGGAGUUUAGCUGCAAAUCCUUUCUUCUUUCGAAGAUAGUGACUGUCAUUGUGAGAUCUAUUUUAAAGGACGCAGAUGACGAAAAGACACCACUUUAUCCAAGACCAUAUUUCAGAUUGUUCAUCAACUUGCUGCUUGAUUUAUCUUCCUGGGACCAUAUAACCGAUAGUGAAAACUAUCAGGUUUUAGUAGUUUUCGCAAAUGCAUUUCACGCGCUGCAGCCUCUUAAAAUCCCCGCGUUCAGCUUAGCGUGGCUAGAACUGGUUAGUCACAGAAGCUUCAUGCUCAAACUACUCUCCCUAAAUGGUCAGAAGGGUUGGCCGUAUGCUCAACACCUGCUGGUGGGUUUGCUUCAGUUUCUUGAGCCUUUUUUGAGAAGUGCUGAGCUAAGCGGACCGGUUUAUCUGCUAUACAAAGGCACACUGGAAGUAUUGUUGAUGUUGCUUCAUGAGUACCCGGAGUUUCUUUGUGGUUACCAUUUUACUUUCUGUAAUGUCAUUCCUCCCAGUUGCGUACAAAUGCGGAACAUUAUCCUAGGUGCUUAUCCGCGAAACAUGAGGGUUCCAGACCCGUCGACUCCAAACUUGAUGAUUGAUCGACUGCCUCAGAUAGUUGAAGCUCCAUGUAUCCUUUCUGAAAUCGACGCUCUACUUAAACAAAAGCGAAUGAAGAGCCACUUGGAUGAGUAUCUUUCGAUGAGGCAACAUGAUUUUAGUUUCCUAAAUGGACUGAAGCAUAACCUACUAUUCCGAAACAGUGAGGCUGAUUCAGCUGGCACUAGAUACAAUGUACCAUUGGUCAACGCACUUGUCCUCUAUGUUGGACUGCAGGCUAUUCAGCAGCUACAGGCAGACGUGUCUGAGAGUCGGAGUAAUGCACAUACUGCCGCCAUGCAGAUGUUCAAGGCUUUAAGUUGUGAACUUGACGCGGAAGGACUUUACCUGUUGCUUAGUGCAAUUGCCAACCAGCUAGGUCAUCCCAACAGACACACACAUUACUUCUCCUACAUCAUGCUCUAUCUGUUUUUUGAGUCGGACCAGGAAAUCAUCAAGGAGCAGGUAACAAGAGUGUUGUUGGAGCGCCUAACCGUGAAGGGGCCACAUCCAUGGGGGCUCGUCUUCACGGUCACGGAGCUCACCAAGAAUCCUAGAUAUGGGUUUAGGGAACAAGGGUUCAUAAGGUGUGCACCAGGAAUUGAGGAAGUAUUUGAAUCAGUUGCCAGUUCUGAAGCGGGGGUGAACACUUAGCUAUAUGUGUAAAUGUGGCAUCAGAUAAUAUCAUGUAAAGUCGUAGAAUAGAGUAGUCUUCUUCUAAUUGAUGUACAAAAUGAAGAUCAUAAAGAAGACGGAAUGUAAAUCAUGCUUGUAUAAUCCUUUAAAGCUAUGGGAUGUCCAUAUAUAUACACUAACAAAA